AUUACCAAGACCUUCACGAACAUCCUCAAGAAAAAAUUUUGCUACAGAACAUUUUAAUUAUUCUUAUAUUCCAAUUAAAUCAAGUGCUGAAAAGGGUGCACAUUUCUCAGAUCGUAAUUUGGAACACUUAGAUACCAUAUUAGAAGCAUUAACAGAUUUUCAACAUGAACAAAAACCGAUAAUGAAUAAUCCUAUUAUGUUACAAUUGCUUGAAUCCAUUGUAGAUUGUUUAUCAUCAACUUAUUAUUCAGAUACAUUUCUUAAACUUCGUCCAGACGUAAAACAAUUCAAUGAAUCUGAACAAUUCUUGUUAAUCACUUGUGCACACUAUUUCAAUAAGUACUCCGGCAGUAGACGACAAGAAUUAAUCGACAAAUUGCUUUCAAAAAAGCUACAAAUAUACUUACAAAUCUAUGAUAAAUUUCUACCGUCGAUUGCGCAAUGGCAAAACUCUCUAAUCUUGGCAUUCUAUUAUAUAACUAAUUUCCUAGCAUUCGCAUCGACAAAGAGAGAAAAUGUGGAUGCUUACACAGAGAAAAUUGUUGAUAAUGUCAUCCUAAUACUCAGCGCACCAAUAUUAAUACAAAAAAUAUCAUCUAUUUCGAUUAAUCCUGAAACAAUGUUACUACUAGAAGCUAUUCAAAUUAUACGUGCAUUAACAGCCAUUCCUGCUAUAUUACCGAUAAUUAAGAAAAAACAGAUUGGUGAACAGAUUAAAGCAUUAACCAAAGUGAAUAAUGACACUAUUAAUCUGCAAUCAUAUGACAUACUGGAAUCAAUCAUGUCCGAAGAACAGUUAACGAAAUCGGCUGAUAUUGCCAAAGUUACAGAAGCGGCUGUUACAAAAUUAAAUGAUGCACUCAGUUCACUAACACCAGAGAAGAGAGAAGAUGCACUGAAUGGAUUGAAAAAUCUUGUUGCUAAUGAUGAGAUUAAAAAUGAAAUUAUAAAACAAAAUGCAGUGCCAUCCAUAAUUAAAACUUCAACAGAUAAGGCCGAUGAUGCUACGCCAUUACAAAUUCUUUACUCGAUGUCAUUUAAAGAACAAGCAGUUGAUCAAAUCAAGAGUGAUGAGACUUUUGUAGAACGUCUUAGAAAACAAAAACAAUCUGACAAAGAUGAUGUCAAAAAAGCAGCUUCAGGUAUUAUGUGGAAACUUGAAGAUGAAAAGAAAUUUAUUGAAAAACAAGAAGAGAAGGAAAAUGCUGCUGAGGCAGAAGAGGAAGCUAAACUGGCUGCUAAUACAGAAGAGGCAGCUAAAGCUGAUGGGAAGACGAAGCCUGUGAGUGACGACAAAGAUUCACACAAAUCAAGUGAUGGUGAUAAAAAAGAAUCGUCUGGGAGUGCUGAUGAAAAAGCAGAAGAUCACUAUGAUUUUAUGAUUAGUUAUUCGUGGAGUGAAAAAGAAUUGGUUUAUAAAAUACAUGACCGUUUAGAAGCAGAUGGCUAUAAAAUCUGGCUUGAUAAAGACAAUAUGUUUGGUUCAAUUAUUGAACGUAUGGCUGAAGCUAUUGAACAUUCCGACAUGAUUCUUGUUAGUAUGUCAAGUGCUUAUAAAAAAUCACCAAAUUGUCAAGCAGAAGCUGAAUAUGCUUACAAUCGAAAACGCUUAAUGAUACCGUUAAUAACCGAAGAUCAAUAUCGAGCUGACGGUUGGUUGGGAUUUAUUGCCGGUUCUAAAAUGUAUGUCGAUUUUCAUAAAGGCACAUUUGAUGAAGCAUACGCUCUCUUAAUCGCUGAAAUAAAACGAAACCAGGGUGCCGAUAAACCUGACGACGACAAUAAGAAAGACAAAAGCGAACGGAAAAAGUCCACCAGUAGUGAACACGAAACAACGGACCAAGAAGAGAAAAAAGAGACAUCCUCGACUGACGGUGCAACUUCACAAAUCGAAACCCAUGAAGAAGUAGAAGUCGUGCAAGCAAGCGAAACACAGGCAUCCCCACCGGAAAAAAUCGAGACUCCAAAACAAGAAGAUGCAUUUCCACCUAAAUCUCCGCCUACUUCACCAUCCCCAGUUCCUCUUGAAAUUCCUAUACCUGACACUCGUGAGUACUCGAAUAUCAAAGAUGUGAACAAAUGGUCUGAGGAGAAUGUUCUAGAAUUUUUAAAUGAUUUGAAUCUUCCCUUGAUGAUACCUUUGUGUCAUACAAUGGACGGUAAAGGUUUACUUGAAUUACAUCGAGCAUGUAAUUCAUGUCCAGAUACGAUGUACAGCGUAUUGAAUGCUCAAUUGCUUGAAACUCAUCAGAAAACAUUGGUUGUUGCGACUUAUUUUAAAUUCAUUAGUGAAUUGAAGAAAUAUAUACCGGCCAAAUUACCCCAAAAAAUUACAUUUCAAUAUCGAUUAUUUAAUAAUUACUAA